AUGAAUAGCCCACCGCACCGGACCCCCAAACAGGAGGGCAUGGCGGCCACAGUUUUCUGUGAAUAUCUCGAGAACCAGCUGCGCUGCACGUACCUGGUGCUGCUGCCUCUGAGUGUUAUCAUCAUGGUGGUAAGCGGCGUGCUCGGGAUCGUCAACCUGUUGGGGCGGGUAAAAUGGCUCCUGGUGGUGACCGGGAUCCUACUGAUGUUUGGCGCCCUGGUGACCAUGUGCGGCGUGUGCGUCUACGUGGCCUACUGCGCCGCCAUCUACAGGCAGGCGACGGCCAUCCUCCUGUCUGCCGGCAAGUCCCUCGAGGACGUCGUUGACGUCCGCUUCGGCUGGUCUCUGGCCCUGGCUUGCGUGUCUCUGGUGGGCGAAGCCCUCACCGGUGCCGCCUUUCUGGUCACUGCCUGGAGGCUGAGCCACCAAAGGACGAGAGAGGACCAGGGCAUCGAAAUCAAAUAACAGCCAAUCAAAUCAAAGAUGGCGCGCCAUCAUCUGAACAUCCGAUUCGACCAAAUGGCUCCUGACUGUCUGGAGAAGCCAGAUACGGACCUCAGCCUUAAAGGCAACCCCCAAGGACAGCAAACU